AUGCAGUCAGACUGUGUGGUGGACGUGGCAGCCGGGGAGCUGCAGGGCGGGGGAGAAUCGGGGGCCGGGCCGGGCCCUGGGGAGCUGCGGCUGACCGUGCGAGGCCAGGAGAAGGACUCGCAACUCACACUCAACGUGCCCAGGAUUUAUGGUCGGGGGGCUGGCCGGGCCAGGCCUGUGGCUCAUGAGGAGCUAGGGGGUGAGGUCCCCGUUCCUGGGCUUCUCAGCCCCUCGGCAGGCCGGAGUGUAUUGCUGUCUCUGAGCUGUCUCUCCCCCUCCCCCCCACAGCAGUUCUGGCUGCUGCUCUUGACACGGGGGCUGGUGGGCGUGGGGGAGGCCAGCUACUCUACCAUCGCCCCCACCAUCAUCGCCGACCUGUUCGUUAGCGACCAGCGCAGCCGCAUGCUGGCCUUCUUCUACUUCGCCAUCCCCGUUGGCAGCGGGCUUGGCUACAUCGUGGGCUCGAAGGUGAAGGACUUGGCUGAGGACUGGCACUGGGCCCUGCGGGUGACACCGGCGCUGGGUGUGGUGGCUGUGGUGCUGCUGAUCACGGUGCUGCGGGAGCCACCGCGGGGGGCUGUGGAGCGUCACUCCGAGUCCCCCCUGCGCUACACCUCCUGGGCCGCUGACAUCAGGGCACUGAGCCGCAACCGCAGCUUCGUGCUGUCCGUCGCUGGGUUCACGGCAGUGGCGUUCGUCGACGGCGUCGCUGGCGUCUGGCUGGGCCCGGCAUUCCUGUACCGCUCCUGCUGGCCACGGGCAGUUGCCCGGGCCUACUCCGACACAGGAAAUCUCAGUCCCAGCAGAGGUGAGCGCCCUGGGGGCCCUGGCUCUGACUCUGACCCCAGUGCCGCUGAUUCUUCGGCUCAUGCACUGUGUGUACGGGCUUCUGGGCCGUGGGGGGGGGCGUCGAAUUCCAAGCGCUCCGCAGAGCCAACCCGGCCGACCCUGGUCCGUGCGCUGCCUGCGGGGGCUCCGCGCCCUUCUCUUCCUGGCCCUCGGUGUGUGCGCAAGGCAGCAGCGUACGCCACCUACGUGUUUAUCUUCAUUGGGGAGACGCUGCUGUCCCUGAACUGGGCCAUCGUGGCGGACAUCCUGCUGUAUGUUGUGGUCCCUACACGCCGCUCCACGGCCGAGUCCUUCCAGAUCGUCAUGUCCCACCUGCUGGGUGACGCCGGCAGCCCCUACCUCAUCGGCGUGAUCAGCGACAGGAUCCAGCGGGGCCGCCCCCCGUCCUACCUGCUGGAGUUCCACAGUCUGCAGUAUGCCCUGAUGCUGAGCGCCUUCGCCGGGGUGCUGGGGGGCGGCUUCUUCCUCGCCACCGCGCUCUUCAUCCAGGGCGACCGCAAGCGGGCCGAGCUCAGCACCCAGGGUCUGCUGCCGGAGGAAGCCGAGCCGGAGGACCGGAUUGUGGUGCCGAAGCGUGGCCGAUCCACCAAAGUGCCCGUCUCCAGUGUCCUCAUCUGAGAGCCACCCGCACCCCUGGUGCUGGGGCCGGGCGCCACCAGCCGGGCAGAGACUAUCGCUGCCCCCCAUGGGCCGGACUCAGGGCAGGCCGAACUGUGCCAGUUUGGGGGGAUGGUAUUGUAUGUGAGCGUGGAGCCCCCUGUGGAUGGGGCACCCUGGGCUGGGACAAGCCAGGGACCCACCCGCAACUUAACACCCCAGUCCCUGGCGCAGGGAGGGGCUUAGGGACUGAGCGGGGGGCUCUUGGAUUCCUUGGGGGGCCUCACAGCCUGCCCCCGCAAGGUCAUACAGGUUCCCAUUGCAUUGUAGGGGGCUGGAGUCCUGCCCCCGCUCCAGCUGCCAUGUUUUCACCCCAUUAAACUCUUUCUUAGGUC